CUCUCAGCUUUUAUCUGCAGACCGGGCGGGAGGGAUACGGAUCCCUGCGAUCUUCCCAGACCCGAGCGCUGUGCCCGGCGGUGGCGGUGGCGGUGGCGGAGGCUCUCAGCCGAGUUCUGCCUUUGCGUCCGCGCCAGCCCGGAGCCUCCGGGGGCCGACGGUCAGUCCCGGCGCGGCGAGAGGAUGGUCAUCCGCGUGUUCAUCGCCUCCUCCUCGGGCUUCGUGGCGAUAAAGAAGAAGCAGCAGGAUGUGGUUAGAUUUCUGGAAGCCAACAAGAUAGAGUUUGAGGAGGUGGACAUCACGAUGUCAGAAGAGCAGAGGCAGUGGAUGUACAAGAACAUCCCCCUGGAGAAGAAGCCUGCCCAGGGCAACCCUCUGCCACCUCAGAUAUUUAAUGGUAACCGAUACUGUGGAGAUUAUGACAGUUUCUUUGAAUCCAAGGAAAGCAACACAGUCUUUUCAUUCUUAGGCCUCAAAUCACAGUUGGCAUCAAAGGCAGAACCUUAGCAAAGACAAGCGGAAGAGGACGGAGAUGCAUUUUGGAGCGCCCCUGGUACUCAGCACACACCUGCUUACCUAAUGCAUCACUGUGACAGAAGCCACGUGCAUUAUCAGUAACUUUGCUUGCCAUGGAAAAGGUGUUUUGGGAAGACGUGGGUCUAAUGGGAUUGCAUGAGUGCUUUAAACCAAAUCAGGACCGUGGUGGGUUUUUUCCUUGUUUUCAGAAUUGCCUGCAGUUGCCUCACUCACCCGGAGGUACUGUCACCUGUUACAGGUGUGCCUCCUGAAUAACUGAGUGAUAAGCAGGUGGCACCAUCAGAGAGAAAAUACUGGAUCUGCCCUGGGUUGUAGUUGAUGCCAGGAUUGCUCAGACCUGCUUCUCUUCAGGCUGCCUAGGUGGUGUCCUUGAAAUUAGUCUGCCAGGCUCUUAGAAUAUUCUGAUCAGAAAGGAAAAAAAAGCAAUGUUGGUUGACAAAGGGCUAAAGAUCUUUGCUGCAGAUUCACGAGCAUCACUAUUCCAGUGCUUUGUCAUAACUGUAGAAAAAGUUAGGUGUUCUAGCCUCCUUUCGGUAAUGGAAAUUCUUACCCCCAUAAAUCCUCCAAACCCCUACAGAUGUUUCCAGAAAUCACUGUUGCAACAAUGUGUGAUCAGAACCAAGUGACAGGGAUGAAAAGAAUUGCUAUUUGGAAAAAAAAAUGCUUCUUUAUCUCUUACAAAGGAAAAGUUUCACCUAAUGUGUAAGAUGACUUAAAAGAUAUAUUUAAAGAGGUGCACUGAUAGUUAAUUCAUAGGGACAUUAUCUCACUCGUACCUGAAGGCAUUUCAGCUCUAGCAACUUAUUAUGCGUAAGUGCACGUAUAUUUUUAAACGCAGCUCCCCCAACUAAUAGCUGCUUAUAUAUUUUGCAAAGGGAUUGUAUUUUUCGAGAAAGGAAGAUCUCAGCUAGAUAUAUUUUGUGAACCCUUGAUGAGGCAUAUUAAAAGAUACUAAUAUUGCUGCACACUUUAAUUUUUUUCCUGUGUUACUUUUCAUUGGUCCUCUGACACUGCCAGCUCAUAUUUCUGGCCAGUGCACAGUUCCGGAUUUUCAGAGUAACAUAGAUACAUGUUCUCAUUCCAUAUGUGAACACCAGUGAUUUUUCAGAACAGAGUACAUACGAGAAAGGGGCUGUCAGAGACUCACUCUGAAUUGUACUUGGCAUGUGAAAUCUCUCCUUCCUUUGGAGUGGGUGCUGACAAACACUGAACCCGUCGACUUCAUUAGGGCAAAGGCUUCUUUUCUGCAUCCUUGUCCCUGCUCACAUUUUUUUAGAGUUUUUAGUUGCCAAACCUGGGAAUAGUCUUGAAUAGAAUAAAUUCAGAGUGUUGCCUAAGAUAUUCUGCUAUUCUCAGUGUCCUGAUGGUGGACCUGCCCUUUUGAUUCUGAGCAGGAAGUUUGUAAGAAAUGGAAAAAACAGAAGAAUUUAGUCCCUGUCACCUGUGUUCUCUCUCCCUCCAACUUGCUAAAUGUGGACUAUUGUAAAGAACCUGUUGAAUGCUAAAGCUGACAUCCCAGCCUGAGAUUUGCAUCCCAGGACUACAACCAGAAGGAAAGCAUGCCACUGAUUCCUACAUGACUGGAACAGAUACAUAAUCCACAAUUUUCUCUGCAAGGAAAGCUGCUGUAAAAUCACGGCUAUGACUGCUUAGUUGGCAUUAAAUACGAUCCAGGUCAAAUUCCACUUGCUAAAUCCCAGGGACUAACCAGGAAAUGUUUUUGAACUGGAUAUCGUGUUAAAGUCUAAGAAGACUUAGAAUUUCUUUUUAAGAUACAGCAGUUUUUAAAAGUUAACAUUGCAAUGGUCUAACUUACAUUUUGUCUACUCUUGCCAGUGACUACCAAGAAGCAACUUGGUAAGAUUGAGUCUUGGGGUUGUAGGAUCAAUUCAAUACCUGCUAGACCAAGAAAGCUACUCAGAAUUGUUUGUCUCAAAACUUCUGAAUUACUCUGGUUGUAGUAGGCCCAGUAUGGUUGUCCUAAACAGACUAGAUGAAUAGGAGUGCUAAAUUAUUUACCACAGUUACAGAUCAUCUACCACACCCCACAUUUUCUUUCUUUUUUUUUCUUUUUGGAGCAGCAAAGAAAUAGGAGAGACCAGCUUCAACUGGUAUUGUACUUGUUAUGAGCGAGCUAGAAGCACAUUGUGUGGCAUUUCCCUCAGUACCCAGGCUCUGCAGAGUCCUAAGGUAUUGCCCUCUGGGACCGCACUGUGUCCUUACUUGUGUUUUACCAGCUGAAUUCCAAACCUGUAAUGGUUUUCUUCAUCCCUUCUUUUUUUGUUUUGUUUUGUUUUGUUUUGUUUUUUUACGGUACGUGGGCCUCUCACUGUUGUGGCCUCUCCCGUUGCGGAGCGCAGGCUCCGGACGCGCAGGCUCAGCGGCCAUGGCUCACGGGCAUAGCCGCUCCGUGGCAUGUGGGAUCCUCCCGGACCGGGACACGAACCCCUGUCCCCAGCAUCGGCAGGGGGAAUCUCAACCAGCGCGCCACCAGGGAAGCCCUUCAUCCCUUCUUUAACUAGCUGCCUUUAGAUCUGAAUAAUCAUAGUCUUAAAAAUCUAGGAAAGAAGUGGAUGGGAAUUGCAGACAUAGAUGUAAUAUCAAAAGCAUUUUAAGACAGAAUUUUUAUUUCCUGUAGUAGGCUUGUUGGGGCAAAGAAAAUGUGCUGCUAAAAAUCAAAUUAUCCCAUUUUAAAAUGAGAUAAAAUACAGAGAGUGCCAUCCUGCUAGGUAUAUGCAGACCAGAAGAAAAUUUAGUUGGGGAAGUACUUGUUUUUCCACAUUCUGUUAUUCUAUUAAAAUCACAAAGGAGAAAAGGAGGGUUUUUUUUUCUCUCAGGCUCUAAUAUAUUUUAGAUUUGUUUCUGUUUUAUAGAUUUAUUCAACACUCCCACAUAGAUGUUUUUAUAUUACAUGAAUUUAAUAAAGAACUAAACUUAUUUUUGUCCUUCCUUGUUGAAAGGUACCAAAGCCUCUUUCUGGUUUGUUUUGUUUUGUUUUUUAAUUUGAUUUUGCUGUAUAGGGUUUUGCUUUUUCUAGAAAUGCUUACCUCUUUUCUGAAGUGUCAGAGCCCACUUUGAUCUGCAAAAUUAUUGUGUUUAGAUUUCCAUUUGUAUGCAUUUAUUUGUCUCUAAAGGCAUUGGUGAAAUCUCAGAUUUUAUAUUCAGCAUUAAAGAGGAAUAAAUUACAGAAAACACA